UUGUAGACAGUAUUCCUAAAGAUGUUUACACAGCAGAGGGGGAGCUGCCUUCACAGAUGGUUUUCAAACAGGAGGCUGUAGGUGAGGAAGAGCAUGAAGGGAAACCUGGUGAGGAUGAAAGCGGUGAUCUUCUGUUCGAGGAGAAGAGCGCACCUGAUCUGCUGCUCCACGGCGAGUUGGCACAGUACGUGGCAACUUUACGCACACACCCCGUGGCGUUUAGCGGGAAGUUCUCGGUGGAUUCCAGAGGCGCAGGAGGACCGUGGUCACCCGGGGACGUCAUCAACGUAGUGAGCGCUGACAUCGCCACUCCUGGGCCGGUCACUGAGUCGGAAUCCUCCUCAGCAUCUCCAGAUCUUUACGCAGCGGGAGGAGGCGGAGGUGGAGGUGGAGGAGACCCAGCAGGGGACGGCACCAUGGCGCACGGCCAGCCCGACAUCAGCCACAUGUACGCACCUCCUCAUCCUCACCCCCAUCCUCACCCACACCCUACCUCCUCCUACUCCUGCAGCGGGGACAUGUACCAGGACCAAUCAGCUGGAGGAUACCUGGCUACGUCCACCUGCGCCGUGUCCUACCACGCGCCUCCCUCCUACAGCUCCGUGCCCAAGCCUACAGUGGACGGCACCGCGCUGCUGUCCAUCAUGCCUGAGUACGGAGGCUUCUACCAGCAGAGUUGCCAGAGAGACAUCCAGACGGCUUUCCCGGAGAGGAAAUCCCUCCCAUACCCGCUUGACUCCCUCAGAGUCCCCCCUCCUCUCACGCCUCUCAACACCAUCAGAAACUUUACGCUCGGUGCGCCCUCGCCGGCUGCAGAAGGCCCCAUGGCUGCAGCUUUCCCCAGCCAUCAAAACCUGCCUCUCAGGCCCAUCCUGAGACCCAGAAAGUACCCGAACCGUCCGAGUAAGACGCCAGUCCACCAGAGGCCGUAUCCGUGCCCGGCAGAGAGCUGUGACCGCCGUUUCUCCAGAUCAGAUGAGCUGAGCAGACACCUGCGCAUCCACACCGGGCACAAACCUUUUCAGUGCCGCAUCUGCAUGAGGAACUUCAGCCGCAGCGACCACCUGACCACCCACAUCCGCACGCACACCGGGGAGAAGCCCUUCUCCUGCGAUCAGUGCGGGAGGAAGUUUGCGCGCAGUGACGAGAGGAGGAGGCACAUGAAGAUUCACCUCCGGCAGAAGGAGAAAAAGUCCUCUGCGUCCUAAUCCAGCGACGAUGCUGAUGAAUGUAACUGUAUGAGUUUGAACAGGAGCUCGUGCAACAUCCUGCCUGCAAACAUAGCUCACAGUUUAUUCUGCUGUUUGUAAAUCUCAAAAACAUGACAGAAAUCUCUUUUGAAGCCAUAUCUUUUAAAAAAAUCAGGGAGAAUCAGAACCAGAGUUCCCAAUUAUGUGAUUGGGUAUGACGUCAUUAUUUAUAACAGAAUCAGACCUGAUCACUGACAUCUCCAAAUUUAGCUGAGUAUUGGGCAGUUUAGCUGACUGAAAAGAGUGGAGUUGGUUCCCCUACCAUGAAAUGUGAUGGUUGAUAACCAGUUUCCGAAUGUGCCCACCUACUGCAGCCUGCCUCAGUGCUCUGAGGCCAGGCAUCAUUGUGUCUAAAGUCUAUGCUUCAUGUUCUCAGGGAUUCAGUCACCAGUCGCCAAAAUCGUUUCAAUUCAGCAGAGAAGUUUCCUGCUGCUGCUCUGCCUCCAGCUGUGGGCAGAUUGGGUAUAAAUUCAAGUGUCAGUUCAACAGAACACAUAGAGUUGUCUGUGCUCAAAACUUUCCUCAAAACCAAGAAAUACAACCUAUACAUUCAAUCAAAAACAUAUAUUUUUUCACAACAAAAUGUAAACUGUGUUUUUAAGGAGAAUGACUCGAUCCUGUAUUGUUUUAAUGCCACACUCAUGCUUUUUUUCAAUCAAAGUUGUCAGUCUCGCUAAAAUAUCUCGCCCUGCAUUUCAAGAGGGAAAUAAAACAUUCAGACUGAUGCAAAACUGGAAUGCAUUUCUUAUUUUAAAAACUGUUUGCUAAACUGUAUUUUUUUUUUGAUAUGCUUGUUGAAGUGAGGAAAAGUGAUGUCACAAGAGAUGCUUAGACAUCUCAAAUCAGGACGGCACUGACCCAAGGAAAAUUUAAUGACUAAAUGCAGCAAAAUUGAGCUUUUCUAAACCUGGUUUUGUAUCUUAUUUUUGAUGUUAAACAAUGAUAAAAGGUUUAAUUUUAUUACAGCUCUUUAACUGUGUCAGGGUUUUAUGAGAUUGUAGCCUGAUAAUGUGUUUCUCGUUUUUAUUUUUUGGCUGC